ACAAAGUGGGGAAGCUAUCAGGAGGCUGCUGCCAUUGUCCAGGUCUCAGCCCAGAGGACACCUUCUGGAAACAUGUCUGUGGAUCCCUUAUCCAGCAAAGCUCUGAAGAUCAAGCGCGAGCUGAGUGAGAACACUCCGCACCUGUCGGACGAGGCUCUGAUGGGGCUGUCAGUGCGCGAGCUGAACCGGCACCUGCGCGGGCUCUCGGCCGAGGAGGUGACGCGGCUCAAGCAGCGGCGCCGCACGCUCAAGAAUCGUGGCUAUGCAGCCAGCUGUCGCGUGAAGCGCGUGUGCCAGAAGGAGGAGCUGCAGAAGCAGAAGUCGGAGCUGGAGCGCGAGGUGGACAAGCUGGCGCGCGAGAACGCCGCCAUGCGCCUGGAGCUCGACGCGCUGCGCGGCAAGUGCGAGGCGCUGCAGGGCUUCGCGCGCUCUGUCGCCGCAUCCCGCGGGCCCGCCGCACUCGUG